AAUUAAAAAAAGAAACAUAAAAAGGAAAAGCGGUGAAAGCAUAAACCCGCCGGCGGAAACGCUAAAUCGGUCUUUUCUGUCAGUCUAAAAGCUCACUCACUCUUCCUUACCUCCCGGAGUUAAAUCAACAGCGAUCUGCAGAACUGAACUCCGGCGACCGUCCGUACAUUUCUCAGCCGUGAUGUUUUGUGUGUUGAAUUGUAGAUAGAGACGGCGACGGCGACAGCGGGUAAUUGGAUGGGAUAUGGCGGAGCCACUAUCGCCGCCGGUGAAGGACAACAAGGUGCUCAAAGGAGCUUUUGCAGUGGGUGGAAUCAUGUCUACUCUCGUCAUCUAUGGAAUCUUACAGGAAAAGAUCAUGAGAGUUCCCUAUGGCCCUAAUAAGGACUACUUUAUAUACUCAUUAUUUCUUGUCUUUUGCAAUCGGAUUAGCACCUCUGCAGUCUCUGCUGGAGUUUUACUGGCAAGUAAGAAGGCAUUGGACCCAGUAGCUCCAAUCCAUAAGUAUUGUAUUGUUUCAGUGUCUAACAUCCUCACAACAACUUGUCAGUACGAGGCUCUCAAAUAUGUCAGCUUUCCAGUUCAAACCCUGGCAAAAUGUGCCAAAAUGAUACCUGUAAUGAUAUGGGGCACUAUCAUCAUGCAAAAGAAGUACAAAGGGCAGGACUAUUUCUUUGCAUUCAUAGUCACACUUGGCUGUUCGUUAUUUAUUCUGUAUCCGGCAGAAGGUGAUAUUAGCCCUUACAGUAGAGGAAGGGAAAGCACCAUUUGGGGAGUUUCUCUUAUGAUGGGUUAUCUUGGGUUUGAUGGAUUUACGAGCACGUUCCAGGAUAAACUUUUUAAAGGCUAUGAGAUGGAAAUACACACUCAGAUAUUCUACACAACUGUCUGUUCUUGUCUUCUUAGUUUCACUGGUCUAAUCAUGCAGGGCAAUCUUCUCAUGGCAAUUGAUUUUGUAUCUCGCCAUCAUGAUUGCUUCUUUGACAUUGCUCUGCUUUCGACUGUAGCAACAGCUAGUCAAUUCUUUAUCUCGUACACAAUCCGCACAUUUGGUGCUCUAACCUUUGCCACCAUAAUGACCACAAGACAGUUGGUGAGCAUUUUGCUGUCUUGCUUGUGGUUUGCUCAUCCCCUCAGCUGGGAGCAAUGCCUAGGAGCUGUUAUUGUCUUUGGGACCCUUUAUGCGAGAAGCUUUUUGAAUAAUAAAAAGAAACUAUUAACAUCGGACAAUACGGAAAAUAGAGCUUCAAGUCCACCAAAAGGGAAUCCAUAACAUGUCCUUGAAGGAUUCUGACCCUUGCAGUAACUAAUUUGUAGUAGCUCUCGGCAACUUAAGCUGCUUUGAUUUAAAUCUAACUAAAGAUGGAAUAGAUAGGAAUUUUAUUUUUGGUUACUCCGUGUGGAAGGCUAGCGUGCUGGUUCAUAACAACCUGCAUCAAUGAUUUGAUAUGCAUUUGAAAGAAACUUUGAGAGCCUGCCUCAUAUAUUUGCUCUUGUUGAAUUACACCCUCGUCAGCUAUAGAAGCUAUCUGAAUUUUGUCCUUCCAAGUCUCUAUGUAUCCCCCCACCCCAAAAAAAAAAAAAAAAAAAAAAAAAAAAAAAAACACCCCCUAUGGUCCUUUAGAAGGGCUUAGUUUUGGGUAGAAGAAACAUAUACUCUUAUCUACUAAACAAGUUGUGAGUUGUGAGUUGUGACCACUUUCUGUA